AUGGCUGCACUGUGCAGCCUCCUCCCAGUUGGACCUUGCGACGCAGAGGCAAUCGCGCGCGGUGUCGAUGUCCCUUCCAUGCUGAACGGCCCGCUUUUCCGAACCAUGUUUCCCACUUACAGCACCAUGUCGCCAGAGGAGCGGGAUGAGAUGGUGCAGUGGUACAUCGACGGGCUGGAGGAGGCGCUGGCGGAUCCCGGGGAUGAGUUCUACCUGAAGGUGUGCCAAAGUCAUGACGGUACCGGCAAUGGCGACACACAUCUGCUGCCAGUUGGCUUCUGCGGGUGGGAGGUCAUCGACCGGGAGCGCAGUCACGCGGCGCAAACAGCAGACAAGAAGGCAGAGGACUCGGCUCAGUCAGACAAGCAGCAGCAGCAACAACAGGAGGAGCAGCAAGAGGAGAUCGAGGGGAAACCUCCCAACAAAAACGCCACGGCCAAGAAGCAACGAGGAAAUCAACUGCCAGAGACACUCGACGUCGACGCCUGGCUCGCCCUCUCCAGCAAGCUCAGGACAGAGCGGAUGCGGAUACUCACGGGACGCGACAGCAUAUGUCGUCUGACAUACAUGGCCGUGCAUCCGGACUUCCAGAGGAGUGGCAUCGGGUCGAUGAUGCUGCAAAGCGUCUGUGAUGAGACGGAUAAGGUCCCGGGGCGCUGUGCAUAUGUCCUUGCUGCACCGGAGGGCGUGCAAUUGUACUCAAACUUUGGGUUUGAGGUGGUGGGGGAAGUUGAGACGCUCUAUGGCAACAUAACGAGCAUGUUGCGGCCGGCUCCCCACUGA